AUGGAUUCUCGGUACUCCUGGUUGGAUUCGGUGCCUCAGGCCCACACUCCGCCAGUGCAAGGCAUGGCCCCGCCACCUGUAUCGUUCGGCUCGUCUUCCAACACAGAGUUAGCCUCGCACCAGGAACACUACAAGUUCACCAAUGCAUCCGCAGACAACAUCCUGGAGUCAGUGGCCGCCUCUCAAAAUUACUCUCCUGAUAGCAUCCCAUUGUCGCUCACCGCUCAAGAGCUCUCACUCGAAGAGUCUAAGACUUAUAUGCGGUGGUACUCGGAUAUCUUAGCUCGCACCAACCAGCGAACUAUUUCAAUGGCUGACGUGUACCAGUUCUUGAGUAACUUCCGGCUUCUGCCCGAGACAAAGGAGAAAAUUAAUCAUUUAUUUUCGAAGAUUCUCUCGCUGAUAAAUAUCGGUGAGUUUUUUGCCUUGUUGCGCGUGGUAUCGCAUACUCUCCAAGGUAAAGAACCUUCCCGUGCCUUAAUCAAGGUUCGAGCAUCGGUGCCGGUUCCGCCGCUGAUUUUGUCUAAAAAACGUCAGAACGACGAUCACGAUGACGACUUCAAGGACGAGAGCCCCGCUCCGCAGCCAUCGGCGCCAGCUGUCCCAUUGGAUUUGGAUCUGUUCACCCAGUUCAUGCUUACCGGCGAACGGCCCGAAGAAAGAGCACCGAAAAAACGCCUGAAAAAACUCAAGUCGGUCAAGUUUUCUGACCAGAUCGUGACAGAUGUCCACGACAUCACGCCGGACAGGGCGGCUUCGACCUCACUGCAGCCACUUGACUAUUCACUACCCAUGGACCAGCUUCUAAACCGCAUCAGUUCAGCCAAGCAUUUGACUGUUCCCAACAUUCCCCAGCCUGUAGCAUCGCCUGAUCCUGAAGAAAAACAGAUCUUGCGUGAUAUGGAGGGGCAAAUCAACCAUUUUCAAAACUUGCACUCCGUGGACACCAUGCUGAUUGAUGGAGUACCUUCCAACAUUCAUGUCCACCAUGGUUCGGACUUUUCGCUGCCUCGUCUGUCGCUGCCGCAGCCACAGCUUCUUCGGCCGAAUAUGACAGGACCAGCGCAGAUGGCCCAGAUGUUCUCUAAUCAACAAUCAGACUACUCAGCCAGUGAAUACCAACCCAACGAGUAUCCGUCUAAUGAUUUCCCAGUUAGCGGCCAGGGCCAACUUCGUCCUAACAUUACUGGCCCAGCGGAUAUGCAGCGCCACUUCUCACCGUCUGGUGAUGACGGGCCGCCUCCAUCCAUCUCGCUACAGUCAUUUACCUCUCAGAUGACUGGAGACACAUGGGCCAACACAAAUCAGAACGCAAACAUUGGCCAUGAGAAGCAGUUGCCUCCUCCUCCAGUACCAGCGAACCGUCGGACGCGCUCUUACUCUCAACCCAGCCCAAUUCACAUCGAUUGGGAAUCUGAAAGCAGAAAAGUCCUUCUGAAUCAAAAUGCAUCGCCAGCGAAUGAUCACUCAACCAAUGGGCUCAUGGUGCCUCCCACACAGCGUUACCGUUCUGCAUCAUCAUCUCCUGGCCCUCCUGUUCCUCCAAGAUCUCCUCUCGGAAUGUCUCGACCAGUACCACCUCCACCUCCACCUUCUAGACGGACAAUGUCUGUUUCAAAGUCUCCUUCUCCUUUAGCAGUACAAUCGAUCGACCAAAUCAUUGGAGACACUCCACCACCUUUACCAGAUAAGAUUCCGAAUGGCUUUUACCAAAAUGGGGACGGGUCCUCGAGUACUGCCAAUAUUCUUGAUGAUCUCAAAGCAUUGCAAGAGGAGGUUGACAAGAUAAGAGAUAUGACUGGCGGCUUUUAA